AUCUCUAGUGACACCGCGUCCAUACUGACUAGUGACUACCUUAUAAAUUAUGUUAUUUACACUCCGCCUCUUUCAGCUCUCAUACAGAGUAAUAAAUAGAUUAUGAAUAUGGCUUUUGUGGAAGUUUGUUUGUGGAUGCUACUUGCCUUCGUAAUAUCUUGGACAAUAUUCCACGUCACCAACAAGAUGAAUAAGGCGACGAAGUGUGCGAAUGUGGCAGCGAAGGAGAGAAGAGACGGUGGCCCUGAUGUCAUCAUAGUCGGAGCUGGUGUGGGUGGCUCAGCUCUCGCCUAUGCACUUGCCAAGGACGGGCGUCGAGUACAUGUGAUAGAAAGAGACAUGAGAGAGCCAGUGAGAAUGAUGGGUGAGUUCAUGCAGCCAGGAGGACGGCUCUUGCUUUCUAAGCUCGGUCUUCAGGAUUGUUUAGAGGGAAUAGACGCACAGAAAUCCACCGGCAUAGCUCUUUUUAAGGACGGAAAAGAAACAGUCGCAUCUUAUCCGGUGGACACCAACUUUCCUUAUGAACCAUCUGGUCGUUUUUUUCAAAAUGGCCGUUUUGUCCAGAGACUGCGCCAAAAGGCCUCUUCUCUUCCAAAUGUGCGGCUGGAAGAAGGGACCGUGAGAUCUUUGAUAGAAGAAAAAGGAGUGGUCAAAGGAGUGACAUACAAGAACAGUUCAGGGGAAGAAACCACAGCAUUUGCACCUCUCACUGUGGUAUGCGAUGGUUGCCACUCGAACCUUCGUCGCUCUCUAAAUGACAACAAUGCGGAGGUUACGGCGUACGAAAUUGGUUACAUCUCGAGGAAUUGUCGCCUUGAACAGCCCGACAAGUUACACUUGAUAAUGGCUAAACCGUCCUUCGCCAUGUUGUAUCAAGUCAGCAGCACCGACGUUCGUUGUAAUUUUGAGCUUCUCUCAAAUAAUCUUCCGUCUGUUUCUAAUGGUGAAAUGGCGUCCUUCGUGAAGAACUCUAUUGCUCCCCAGAUACCUCUAAAAUUCCGCAAAACAUUUUUGAAAGGGCUCGAUGAGGGAUCACAUAUAAAAAUUACACAAGCAAAACGCAUGCCAGCUACUUUAAGCAGAAAAAAGGGAGUGAUUGUGUUGGGAGAUGCAUUCAACAUGCGUCAUCCAGUAAUUGCAUCAGGGAUGAUGGUUUUAUUAUCUGACAUUCUCAUUCUAAGCCGUCUUCUCAAGCCUUUGGACAGCCUCGGUGAUGAAAACAAAGUCUCAGAAGUUAUGAAGUCCUUCUAUGUUCUACGCAAGCCAAUGUCAGCAACAGUAAACACAUUAGGGAAUUCAUUUUGGCAAGUGCUAAUUGCAUCAACGGACGAAGCAAAAGAAGCGAUGCGACAAGGCUGCUUUGAUUACCUAUCUAGUGGUGGGUUUCGCACGUCAGGCUUGAUGGCUGUGUUUGGUGGCAUGAACCCUACGCCACUUUCUCUCAUCUAUCAUCUAUCCGUUAUUACUUUAUCCUCCAUCGGCCAACUGCUCUCUCCGUUCCCAACUCCUCUUCGUGUUUGGCAUAGCCUCAGACUUUUUGGUUUGUCUUUGGAAUUGUUGGUUCCUCAUCUCAAGGCUGAAGGAAUAGGUCAAAUGUUGUCUCCAACAAAUGCAGCGGCAUAUCGCAAAAGCUAUAUGGCUACAACCGUUGUCUAAACAUUGAUGAAAACCACGAUAUAUAGAUGGUGCACAAAUCUUUGCGAUUGUGGAUUUGUUAAAUAGUAUUGCAAUAUGUUACUGAAGAAACCUUUCCGUAUCUACUUGUAAACGGAAAUAGGAAGAAUAUGCAUGGGGUGACAAUUAUUUUGAAUAAAACAAUAAAGAAAAUAAUAA